AAAAACCUCUAUCCUCUUCUCUCUGCAGAAGUAGCUCAACUACAGAAACUGACUAAUAGGGGGAAAAAGUUGUUAUUUUCUUCUUUUUGCUCUUCACAACUCCAACAACACUUUGCUGUUGUUGCCAUAUAACUAUAAAAAUCAGACUCUGGAAACAAAAAGGUUGAAAAAAGCAAAAAUCAGCCAACACUCUCCUCUCUCUCUCUCUCUCUCCCAUGGAUUUGCAGCUGAAACAAUGGAGAAGCCAGACAGAGUCAGAAGAACAACCUUCUGCAGCUAAGAUACCAAAACAUGUCUUUGAUCAGACUCAAUCCCACACUGCAACUUCCACUGCUCUCCCACUCUUUUCCCCUGAACCUACCUCUUCUAAACUCUCCUCUUUGUCUCAUGAUUCUUCUCCCAGGUUCCCCAAGAUGGGGAGUUUCUUUAGCUGGUCACAGUGGCAAGAGCUUGAACUACAGGCACUGAUCUACAGGUACAUGUUGGCUGGGGCUGCUGUUCCACAAGAGCUUCUUUUGCCAAUCAAGAAAAGUCUUCUCCAUCUAUCUCCUUCCUACUUUCUUCACCACCCUCUUCAACACCUCUCUCAUUACCAGCCUGCUUGGUAUAUGGGUAAGGGAGCAAUGGAUCCUGAGCCAGGGAGAUGCAGGAGAACUGAUGGGAAGAAGUGGAGAUGUUCAAGGGAUGUCUUCCCUGGCCACAAGUAUUGCGAGCGCCACAUGCACCGUGGCCGCAACCGUUCAAGAAAGCCUGUGGAAACUCCUAACGUCAAUGCCACUACCACCACCACAGCUCCCAUUGCUCCUGCUUCUGCACCCGCUGCUGCAACAGCAUCUUUGUUUGCUUUUGGCGGUGGUGAGGAAGUGGGACGAGGAGAAUCUUCUUGUUUCUUCUUCUCUGGUUCUGGUUCUUCUAACUCUUCCUCUGAACUUCUCAACCUUAGUCAAAGUUCAGAGUUGAAGCAAGGAAGCAACAAUAAGAGGCCAUUCGAAUCCCAUAAUGGGUUUGGUAACAACAGCUCAGACGGAGGACACACUUUGAGGCACUUCUUCGACGACUGGCCUCGCUCUAAAGCCGACAAUAGUUCAAGCCCAAUGAGCUCAACCACUUGUCUCUCCAUCUCCACGCCUGUAAACUCUUCCUCGGACGUUUCUCUGAAGCUGUCUACAGGCAAGGAAGAGGAGGAAGCUAGGAGCAACAACAAUGGGAGGGACCAGCAAAACAUGAGCUGGUGGAGCGGUGGAGGGUCCCUUCCCAACCACCACCACCACAUGGGCGGACCAUUGGCCGAAGCCCUGAGAUCUUCCUCAUCGUCUUCCCCAACCAGUGUUCUACAUCAGCUCCGUGUCUCAACACAAGCUUUUCAUUGA